AUGUCGACGGGUUCGACACACCCGCCUUCUUCCUCUCCUCCUUCACCCGAGUCCCUCCACGCGCGCGAAUACGCGCAACCGGUGCGCAGCCUCCCAUCCUCCCCUGCCCCCGCUGGCGUCCACCCCGAAGAAGACGGGCUCCCGGCCUUGGAAGACGUCUUUCGCGAUUCAGUCCCUUUGAUGGUGGAGGGAGACACACGGGGGGAUUUUCUCCCAACCACCAUGGAAGCCCCCGGUCGGGCCAGUGGAAUCGGUCAGAGCUAUGGAGAAAGAACAUCCCUCAAUCAUUCCCAACAGCCGGAUCCCGCAGUUGACGAAACCGCCGUGGAAGAUUAUCGCCAGGACGACUCGAACCUGACCCUACCCCCUUUGCCCGACAACGACGAUAACAGCCUGUUCUUGUCCGUCGAGGACGACGACCAUGACCGCGCCGAUGAUCAGACAUUUAUAAGGGAAAAAGAAAUGCGAAGGAGACUGAUGGACAUGGAAUCCAGCUUCCUGCCAGAGCCCUCGACGAUAGAAGUCGCAGCUGCGAAUCGAACCAUUGGCGCCGACGAUACGUACUUGGUUGGGAUCCAUGAUGACAACCCUCAAACCCCCCCCAGGCUAGAGCACGCACAUAUAUCUUUUGUGGCGCCCGAAGAGUCUAGCCGUAACAUGACGGCGGCUGGGGAUGAUAUUCCCAUUCCGCAGACCCCUGUCCAAGGACCUACGGGGGACGAAUCCGUGGAUCUGAACGCGACGCCCGCGGCUUCCUCCGAGCGACACGGCGAUAACACUACAAUACUUGAAGCUAUUCCUUCAUCACCCUCGGCGGCAGCGGCGGCAAGAACGGUGAACCGAAACCAGUCGAUGUCGUUUGAAAAUCCACGGGAUACUAGCCAGAUCUCUCACGGCAGUGCUUUCGACCGAUCUCCAAUCCCCGAUGUAGACCAGUCGCUGCAGUCAACACAUUAUAACGCCCGCAGUACGUCACGCAGCUUGUCGCCCGGGCCUUCGAGACUGUUCCAUGACAAUGAGGCGAAUGAUGCGGAAGCUGCCUCACGCACAAGCAGUCGAAGGAGCAAUAGGCCGAGGUAUUUGACUAGUCGUCAAUCAGCUCAUCGUCUGUCGUACUCUUCAGUAACAAGUACUGGGACGGAGGUAACGAAUAGCGAUGCGACGCUGGGCGCGGACUAUGCUCUUCAAUCGGGUGGUGCAGCGCCAGGCAACCCCGGGGCUCCCCAAGCCGGACAACGUAACACAUUGGCUCGGUCAGUAAGCUUGGGGAGUAUGGCAUCAGGCAUCUCAGGAUACAGCGACGAAAACCUUUUUGAGAGAAAGAAUGCUAGUAGUGCAACAGAAGGGGGCCUACAGACCUUAGAUGAAGAAGAAGGUCCUUCCCAGUCACGUCCUGGGUCAUCGUACCAUAAACAGCAGCAGCAAUCAGAGCAGCGCCCACAGCAGGAGUCGGUCCCUUCUGCGCCAAUGACGCCAAGGGCGAGGCCCCAAGACCACGGCAUCUAUACAGAUACUGCCAUCGCCGAGCGUGUUAAAGAUGUUCAGCUGCCCAGUGCAUUUGUGAAGCAGUUCCGGGAAGACUUUGGUGGUCGUGGCUUGUCGCCUGACAAGCGUACGAGCGCUACUCCGGCCUUCACCAAGAGCGGCCGUACCAUGACGCUAAAGGAACAAAGUAGCACCAUUGAUCGUCUCUCGAAGGAGAAUUUCGACCUGAAGAUGCGAAUCCACUUUCUCAAUGAAGCUCUGAACCGUCGCUCCGAGGAAGGCAUAAAAGAGAUGAUCUCCGAAAACGUCGAGCUAAAAUCCGACAAGUUGAAGCUGCAAAAGGACAGCCAAAGUCUGAAGCGGAAGAUCCGCGAUCUCGAAAAUCAGCUGAAAGACCAGCAGUCAGACAAGGAAUCCAUGCUCAACCAUGAUCCGGAAGGAUCGGACGAUGAGGACCGUGACCCGGCGCAGAAUGAGGAGAUUCUCUAUAUGCGGGAGAGGGUGGAGACGUAUGAACUCGAGGUCGAGCGACUGAGAUCGGAAAGUAUCGCCAGGGAAAGCGAAAAGAGACGGCUCGCCGAGAUGGUGAAAUCACUCAGUGACGCGAGGCUGGUGGGAUCGGACGUGGGAGGAAGGGAGGAGAGGGAUUUGUGGAAGGAAUUGCUGGACGCAGAGACCGCGGCUCGGGUGAAGGCCACAGACGAGAACAGACAGUUGCGGGAAGAAGCCCUGCGCCUCAAGAGCGAGAUGAGCUUCUCUGUGGUCCCCGCGAGAACGGGGCAACGAGACCGAAUAGGCUCGAUGGCCUCAUAUUCCGGCGCCUCGGACCGGGAUUUCAACCGCAACGCGAAUACCGUGAGUUCUUCCAGCUCCACGCUCGUGAUGGAGCUGGAGCUGCUCAAGCAAGAAAACGCGGAGUUGAGGAAGGAAGUCGGCGCUCAGACCUCGAUGCUCACAUCCCGCAACAAGGAAAAGGAGCGACUGUACCAGGAGAUCGAGGAGCUGAAGCUUGGCCAACGCCGCGAUGGCAACCGAUCGAUCGCGGGCGAUAGUAUCCUCGACCGAUCAGCGUCCCGGGCCUAUGGCAGACCCUCUUCGCGGGCCAGUGAUGGUACGGGUCACUCCCCAAGCGACGAUGCAGAGCGGGACGACCUAGAAGCCCGGGUUGGCCAGCUGCGUGACCAGGUUUCUAGCCUGAAACUGGAGAACCAAACGAUCCGGGAGCAAUUGGAAGAGGCUGCCCAGAACUGGGAGGCCGUCGAUAAGGAACGCGACCAGGCGGCGCAGAUGGCCCACGACCGCGAUGAAGAGUUACAGACUGUCAAGGCCGAAGCUCAUGACGACCUUGAAUCACUCGAGCACGAAUUCUACCAAAAGGUGGAGGAGUGCCAGCAACUGGGAGAGGAGGUGAGGAACCAGGAAGAGAAUUUCCGGGCCCUCCAAGCGGAGAUGCGCUCGGCAUGUGAGGGUAUCGUCCGACUCGAAGAGGAUGCGCAGAACAACCUGCAGCGGCACAAGGCAGUCCAGCAGGAACUGGACGAUUGCAAUCAGGAGAUGGAGUCGAUGGAGAAGGGCCUCUACGAAGCAAACACCAAAGUCCAGCGGCUCACUGUGCAGAUCGAGUCGAGUCAGAAUGAGAUCGCCUUUCUACGAGAGGAGCAAGACGGCGAUAAGAUCAAGAUCGGCGAUCUGGAGUCGGAGCUCAAGACCUACCGGAUGAGCCUUCAGAGCGAGCGAGAGAAGGCCCGCGACCUCGAGGAGCGUCUGGCCGAGGAACGGCACCAGCGGGAGGUCGUGGGCAGCAAGGAGAAGCAGGAGGUCCAGCGGAUCGUCAACGAGCUGAACCGGGAGGCGUCGGCGGCCAAAGAAGAGGCUCGGAAGCUCAGGAAGAACCUGUCGGCGCAGGAGAUCGAGGCCGCCACCUGGAAAGAGCGGCUGAUGGAUCUGGAGAACAACCUGCGCGAGACCCUGGGUGAUCUCACCGGCAGUCGCUCCAGCCUGAUCUCCAACAUCAUGAAGCUCCAGAAGGAGCUCGAGUCGACCGCCCUGGAGCUCGAGAGCACCCGGUCCAAGCUCGACGACAAGGAGUCGCUGCUGCGCAACCGCGACGCGCUGCUGGAGAGUCACGGCCUGGAGUCGCGGAAGCUGGCCGAGCUGCUCGACCGCGAGCGCCACGCCCGCCGCGCUGACAAGCAGUCGUUCGAACAGGCCCUCAAGUCGCACCACCAGGCGUCUCGGACCAUCACGCAGAACAACUCGCGCAUUUCGGAGCUGGAGGGGGCCCGGAACCAAGAUCGCAAGCGCUUCACGACUCUCGAGCAGCAGUUCCGCGACCAGCUGAGCGAGAGGAACGUGAUGCUGCUGAACAUCUGGAAGCGCCUGUCUACCAUGUGCGGGCCGGACUGGGCCCACUCGAACAGCUUGAUCAACGGCAACCUCCCCAGCCAAGAGGUCAUUGGCAACAUUCUCUUCUGGCCCGGGUUCAGCCGCAACCUCCUGCUCGCCGUCAAGACGCUGGAGAGCGUCAUCUCGGGAUUCAAGACCCGCAUCAAGGGCGUCGAGCGUGACCUGACCAAGCAAUACCAGAUGCUGGAGCAUACCUUCGGCCUACGCGUCAAGAAGCUCGACCGCCUCGAAGAAUCGAUGAUGAACAUGCGCGCCCAACAGCACAGUCGGACCCAGUCCGGGACGUCGCCGGAGAUGGCCAAGCUACGGGGGGAGAACCGGCUCCUGAAGGCUGAGCUGAAUCUGCUCCAGUCUCAUUCACGCAGUCGAGGGCCGACUUCCUCCUCCUCCUCUUCUGCAGCAGCAGCAGCCGCCGUCGCGGCGGGAAUCCGGCCCAACUCGCCGCGCUCGCCCACCCGGAAUCUGAGCCUAGAAUCUGGCCUGGAUGCCGAGCCACAAUCAUUAAUCCGCCACCAUUCGGCGGUCGAGAAAGCCGGUGCUCCCUCACGUCCGGAGCGAGGCCUGACGCGGAGCUCAACCAGCGGCAUCCCCCAACCAUCUCAUGUUUCGACGACCACGACUCUCGCUGACGGGACAGGUGCCAUGGUGCCAAGCUCUCGUCCUCGGCACAUGUCCACCGAUCCGGGCAGCAACGAAAAGUGGAUCCAACGCUUGCACGAGCUGGAGAAGCGACUGAAGGCGGAACGAGAGGCUCGCCUGCUGGACCGAAGCGGGGCCCGGCGGCGGCUGGAAGAGCGAGAUGCCGAGAAUCAGAGACUGCGAGCCCAGCUCGAGAGGCAAAGCUUGCGCAAGGAAGCCUCCACGGAAACAUCGGCCGAUGAAGAUGGCGGCGGGCACGGUCGAGCGCCGAUGCAAAGGAGACUCGAGGGCUCCGAUCAGAGCACGAGUGACGGAUACGAUCGCCACCGGGACGAUGAGCCUAGUUCAAGUGAGGGGGAGGGGAUAUACGUUGACAUUGAGGUUUAG